UUGAUUUAUCUUGAACGGAUGAAUUGAAUUACCAGCGAUAGAAACAAAACGACCAACGAUUGGAUUUUGAAUUUUGUUUUCCAACCAAGCAAAAAUAAUCAAUCCAAUUUGUCGUCCUGAUUUCUUUUUCAUUUUUUCUCGGUUUGUCUUCCUCAAUUCAUCGGUGAAUGUUAUGAAUUAAUUUGAAUUAUAUUACUUGAAUUCAAUGAAUGCUAAUUCUUUAGCAGUCAAACAAUCGAAUCAGACUUUUGUUGUUCUAAACAACACUCUUUUAAGAAACAAAACGAAAAUUGCUAUUUUGAGCAAACAAAACACAAAAUGGCUUCUAUAUUCAAUUAUAAAUAUUUGAAUUAUAAUCAUCUUAAAGGAUUCGAAAAUUAUGUGUAUAGUUCAAAAGAUACUAGUCCAUUGAGCAAAUAUGUUAUGCAUCCAUUUUGGAACACGGUUGUUAAGCUUGUUCCAAUGUGGUUGGCGCCAAAUGUUCUCACUUUUGUUGGUUUUCUCAUGACAGCCGCAAAUGGUUUAUUGCUGAGUGUAUAUGAUCCGGAAUUUUAUGCAUCAAGUGAUUCGCAUCCACAAUCCGCGCCAAUACCGGGUUGGGUUUGGAUUGUUUGUGCUGUGUUUCAUUUUGUUGCCCAUACCUUGGAUGGUAUUGAUGGUAAACAUGCACGGCGUACCCGCUCAUCUGGUCCAUUGGGUGAACUAAUGGAUCAUGGGAUGGAUAGUUGGACAGCAUUUUUCAUACCAUUCUGUAUUUAUUCCAUAUUUGGCCGUGCCGAUUAUUCAAAAUCGCCAUAUGCGAUGCAUUUCAUAUUCUGGACAAUAUACAUCACCUUUUAUUUAUCACACUGGGAAAAAUAUAAUACCGGCAUACUUUACCUGCCGUGGAGUUAUGAUGCAUCACAAAUGGCAUUAUUUCUGCUCUAUAUCAUUACCUUCAGUCAUGGUCAUCAAUUCUGGAAAUUUACCGUGCCCAUUCUCAAUCUUACAUCUGGCGAACUGUUCGAAGCUAUUUCUUAUGUCACCAGUUUUUUAUUAUCAAUACCGAUAGCAUUCUAUAAUGUUUAUACAUGUCAAACACCUAAGCAGAAGACGUUUUAUCAAUCAUUUCGUCCAUUAAUAUCCUUGAUCGGCUUGUUUCUGAUAUCAACAUUAUGGGCAACAUUUUCCCCCAUGAAUAUUAUUGACGUUGAUCCCAGAACUUUCUAUUUUAUGGUGGGAACGGUUUUCUCAAAUAUUGCUUGUCGUUUGAUAGUAAGUCAAAUGUCAUCGACAAAAUGUGAUUUAAUCAAUUGGUUUUUAUAUCCAUUAUUGCUAUCGACAUUAUGUGCAAUAUUUGGUUCGAUUAGUGAUCAACAAGAACUGCGUUUGCUUCGUAUAAAUGCCAUUAUUUAUACCGUACUGCAUUUACACUAUGCCAUUUGUAUCGUUCGACAAAUGUGUCAUCAUUUUGGUAUCUAUUGUUUUUCGUUGGAUAAACCUGAUCAGACAAUCAAAUCCCCUGAACAGGAAAAUCUAGGUAAAAUUGUUGAUGAUUAUAAAUCUAAAUUAAAUUGAUCAAUGACAGAUGAAUAUUGAAUGAUGAUGAUCAUCAUAAA